UAUCUUAAACUCCCCGGUUUUUAGCUAUAUUGAUAACAGAAUCACCGAGUUUAUAUAAAAUCCUGCUAUCCGUUUCUGUCUCCUUUUCUUUCUCUGAAUCCUUCUUGUUCUCAAAUUCUUAUUCUCCUGUUUAUUCUUCAGAUUUUGUUCUCAAAUUAACAAUGGGGAUUAGAUCAUUGCUGGGUAAGAAAAAGAAACAGAAUAAUAAUUCAAUGGGGGAUUUGUCAUCAACAUACGAAACACCACCACAAUCACCGUCAAUUUUCAUGAAUUCAUCCAACAAGAAGGUACAAGAAUUCGAAGAGAUUUUCAAGAAGUUUGAUGUGAAUGGUGAUGGGAAAAUAGAAUGGUCUGAAUUAGGGUUGAUAAUGAGUAGCUUAGGACAUAAUGCUGAAGAAGAAGAAUUAAAGAAAGGGAUUUUUAACAAACUGCCACACUUGCAAAUCCCGAUUCAAGAAAAUGCCACCGUGUGUUUUGCAGUGGUAGUUGCAACAGAAUUGAAGGUGGUUUGUGCUUGGUUAAUGUCACAGGAGCUGCAGGGAGUUGUUAUGAAUGCUAGGACAGGUGACAUGACAGUGUUGAUGCUGGAGAGUUUUACUGGUGGAUGUUGCAGGUGCAGUGAACCCAAGAACAAGGAGGAAUCGGUGAUGGAUUACGGAUGGAAAAACGGUGGCAUUUUCUUAAACUGCAAAUUGGAAGUGUGGCACUUUAUUAAAAUCCCCUUAAAGAAAAUGGUAAAAGAAGUUGAUUCAGAUGGAGAUGGGUUUAUUGAUUUGGAUGAGUUUAUUGAAUUGAAUACUAUCGAUCCUGAGAAAUUACUUGAAGAUGUUAAAUCUGCUUUUACUAUUUUAGAUGCUAAUGGUGAUGGAUCAAUAUCACCACAGGAAUUACAGAAGGUUUUGAGAAGUUUGGGUGAGAGUCCAACGCUUGAGGAUUGUAAGAAUAUGAUUAAAGGUGUGGAUUGUGAUGGUGAUGGUCUUGUUUCGUUCGAGGAGUUUAAGAAGAUGAUGAUUCGUGGUUCGGCUUCUACUGAUCAUUUUCUACAGAGGAAUGCGAGCAAGAAUGAAAAUCAGGAAGUUCAACAAUGAUGAUGAUCCGUUUCAUCAUAUGUUAACUUUGUUAGUUUUAAUGGUAAAUGGAAUAGAUCUAUUCUUACCUUUUUUUUUUUUUAUGCUUAGAAAUUCUUUAAAAUUUAUUAUUCAUUGGAUUCAUUGUGAUUGUGCUGAAUUUUAAUUUGAGAUAAAAUCUAUGUGUUGGACAAACUAACAAGAUCAAAGUUAUGAACAUUCUUUUUCUUCUUUAAAUUGUAAUUGUGGACAGGGAAAUGUAUAUUAUAUUACUAAUUGUAGCUAAAUUAAUGUUUGAUUAUAGCUUUGCAUUGUA